CUAUCAUUCUCUUCCAUUCAACCUUCCACUCCCCAAUUUCUCUACACACAAAUUUCAAUAUCCAUUUUCAUCCAAUUUCUAAUCCUACACACGUUUUUUUUACACUAAAAAAUCUUGUGACCCACAUAUUACUUAAAUUAAUUUUUAUAAGAGAUUAGUCUCUAACACUAAGUUCACUAAAAAAAUAAUUACUUAUUAUUAUUUCAUUAUACCUAUAUUCUAUAUAUAUAAAAUGUCACGAUCAAUAGAGAUAACAAUUAUAUCUUCUGAGAAUCUCCAAGAGAACAAAAAGGCAUUAAAAGGAAACACAUUUGUGACGGUCCAAUGUGACGGUAACCGCGACGAAAUGAGCACCACAAAAGUGGAUUCAGAAGGUGGGAGUUACCCAUCAUGGAAUGAGAAAUUGGUGAUGGACGUGCCAUUGCAUGCAAGGUUCAUAACAAUAGAGGUAAAAUGCAAAACAAGAGGAAAUAGUAGUAGUAGUAUUGGAAUGGCUAGAAUACCCGUUAGUGAUUUUAUUGGAGGGUAUGUACCUGAAAAUCAAUUGCAAUUUUUAAGCUAUAGGUUGUGGGAUAAUAAAGUUAGUAGAAAUGGGAUUGUCAAUAUUUCAAUAAGGGUAAAAGUGUCACAAAAUAAUUAUUGUUCGAAUUCGAUGUCAUCGGCUGUGAAUGGAGUUCCGGUAACUGGGGUUCCGGUGGCCGGUAAUGGAUCCACUAGAGUUGUAACGGGGAUUCCAGCUGCUUGGUUAAACUACCAAAGAAACAUUUGAAGGAUUUAUCAUAAUAUUCAAUACAAUCUAUUCAAAAAGAAAGCAUACAUCACAAUACACGUGGGAAUCAUAUCUCAACUUUCAUA